GUUUUAGGGUUUGGGAUGGCUAGCGUCGUAGAGAUUUCGAGCAGUGAGGAUUCCGGGUCUGACGUGUCAUUCAGCGCGGCGGAUAGGAAUUUUAUUGACUUGUUGCGUUCGUCUGCCCGUGCAGGAACCUCACUGCCAGAACCGCUAGACAUCGAGCCGCUACAAACCAUACCCUGGGAAAUAGUAAUGGGUCGUGCUUCGCGCUCCGAGAGUUCUAGGGCCAGGGAGGCCGCCGCUGCUCAGAAUAGGCGUGAGGAGCGGUUGGCAAGUAACAGCGCUGCCAGUGGCUCCGCUGACGGGGGAGAUGCGACAGGGGAGGAUACCGAAUCGGCAUGGGUUCUUCCGGAUGGGAUUCCUGUUGACGAGGAGGGAGGGCGGAUGACCGUUGCCAAUGUCAACCGGAUAAAGCGGAUGUUUCGGUUGCCCGGCGCGGUUAAACUGCGUCCACCGACGGUGGAUGAAAAGGCUUCAAUUCUUCGCCCGGGGUUUGCCGCUGUGCAUGAGGCAAUAUUCCGCCAGGGAGUGACACUACCGCUCGUGCCCAGUCUUCAGAUCUUGGUGUGCGAGUUCGGCCUAGCCUUUGGGCAAAUCUGCCCCAACAUGUGGCGAUUGAUGUUGGCGAUGACUUCGCUGUGGCGGUUGUCCGGCUGUGAGGGACCAACCGUGGCGGAGGUGCUGCAUUUCUAUGAGCUGACGUAUGUGAAGCGUCAGGGCUGCGGAGGUCAAGUGAACCUAAGUCGCCGCCAGGGAGCCCCCAAGUUGAUAGAGAACCUGAGGGAUUCUAUGUCGUAUUGGCGGGACACCUUUUGCGUUGCCACGACGGGGUGGGAAUAUCAGGCGGAAUCCAAUGACGGGGAACCGGCGUUUAGGAUUAAGUCAGAGUUCCAACCUAUCCGAGUGGGCUUGCGCUACAACUUGACUCGUGAAGAAGAGUGUCGUGUGGCGCGCAUUCAAGGUUGCUGGCGGAAUCGCAAUUUGUUGGACUUUCGCCUACUUACCGGUUGGGAGCUGUUGGUCGAUCAACGAUUGACCCGCGCCGUUGGUAAGAAAUCUUCGCUACCUUGUACACUUAGUUAAUUUGGCCCUGUGGUUGACUGAGUUGCUUUCUGUUUGUUUAGAGACGCCGCCAGGUAACGCUAGGAGCUGUGACGCCUUUGCC